GCUUUUAUACCGACUGCGCAGGUGCGCUCGGCACGCGCGGCCUCCUCACCCCACGCAGGCCCAGCUACGCGAGGGUCGGACGCCGGUGGGAGGCUCCGUCUGGAGGUAGGGCCGGGGGCGCGCUGGACGAGGCGCAGGCUCCAGAGGCCUCGCGAGAGGGGCGUGGGCGGGGCCGGCCGCCUGCCCGCCUGCCCGCCUGCCUGCUGGCCGUUAUAAACGCUGUGACGGUGGGCCUGCACCCGCGACUGCGUCCUGUGCUUCUCGGGGCCGGCGCGCGGCGCUCCCAGCCCGGCUGGCCGACCUGAAGCGAGCGCGACCUCCCCGAGCCGGGCGAGCUCCUAGGCGACGCGGGCCUGGGGGACAAUGGACGGGGACCGGCCAGGGCGGCCCGCCGAGGGUCUGCUGGCCGACGGCCACCUGGUCCUAUGGACGCUGUGCUCCGUGCUGCUGCCCGUGUUCAUCACCUUCUGGUGCAGCCUGCAGCGCUCGCGCCGACAGCUGCAUCGCAGGGACAUCUUCCGCAAGAGCAAGCACGGGUGGCGCGACACCGAUUUGUUCAGCCAUCCCACCUACUGCUGCGUGUGCGCGCAGCACAUCCUGCAGGGCGCCUUCUGCGACUGCUGCGGGCUCCGAGUGGACGAGGGCUGCCUCAAGAAGGCCGACAAACGCUUCCCGUGCAAGGAGAUCAUGCUCAAGAGCGACGGCAGGCCGCCGGACGCCAUGCCCCACCACUGGAUCCGCGGCAACGUGCCCCUGUGCAGCUACUGUAUGCUCUGCAGGCAGCAGUGCGGCAGUCAGCCCAAGCUCUGCGAUUACAGGUGCAUUUGGAGUCAGAAAACAGUACAUGAUGAAUGCAUGAAAAGUAGCUUAAAGAAUGAAAAGUGUGAUUUUGGAGAAUUCAAAAGUCUCAUCAUUCCACCAGGCUAUUUAACGUCCAUUAACCAGAUGCGUAAAGACAAAAAAACAGACUAUGAAGCGAUAUUUUAUUUUUCUUACAAAUUUAUUUACUAAAAGUCAGUAUAUAAGAUAGUUAAUUCUAUGCAUUUGAGAAAAGUCAGGAGUAAAAGAAAAGAUGAAGGGAUAUGAAAUGUCUUUAUGUAAUGGGGUGUGGUGGCGCACGCCUUUAAUCCCA